AUGUCUAUCGAACUUUUCCUGACCCAAAAGGCUGGUAUCCCAGAGCCAUUACUCGGCAUCGUGCUCGGUCAACUGAUCAACGAGCUCAAUGAUGUCUCCUGCUCCACGGCGACCUACGACCCGUCUUCGAUCCGGACGAAAGUCCUCUACCUCAUCUAUAUCACCAUCUUCAAUUUCGCCGCCAUCUACAUAUACGCAGCGUGCUGGGCUCUCGUGAGCGAGCGCCUGGCUCGUCGCUAUCGAAAGGCCUAUUUCCGCAGCUUGAUCCGCCAAGAGGCUGCGUUCCACGACACACUACCCUCGGGACAGGUGAUAUCUCGACUGGUGAGUGACAUCGAGACGGUGCAGUCCGGGACAUCCGAGAAAGUGGGCAUCUACAUUGCCACUCUGUCGUAUUUCGUCACCGCCUAUGUCGUGGCGUUCAUCAAGGUGCCCAUCGUCGCGGCGAUCCUGAUCGCCAUCGUGCCCUGUUUCUUCGCGAUGGCUCUCCUGGGGGGUCAUUUUACCUCAAGGUAUGGCAACCGCGUCGGGAAGCAUGUCGAUCGUGCGACCUCUAUUGCGUCGUCGAGCUUGUCGCAUCUUCGCAUAGUGCAUGCGUUUAAUGCGCAUCGGCGGCUGGAGGAGCUCUUCUCGUCGAGUUUGUUCAGUGCGCGUAGGGACGCAGUGAAAAAGGCGGGGGUGCAUGCGGCGCAGAUGGGGUUUUUGUUCUUCAUUGUUUAUUCGUCGAAUGCGUUGGCGUACUGGAAAGGCGCGCAUUUGAUUGCGAAUUAUAUUGAUGGUCUGGGGUCUGGGGUCUCCCUUGGCGCGGUGUAUACGGUCAUUUUCAUCCUUAUUGAUGCUUCGUUUAUUUUGAGUCAGGUCGCGCCGUACAUGCAUGUCUUCAGCGCCGCUGCUAGUGCUUCCGAGCGUUUGCUGGAAGUUAUCAAGCGCGACUCCAAUAUUGACGGAACCUCGGGAGCCGGAGACGACAGCGCAGAUCUCUCUAAUGUCGAUAUAUCCUUUGAGGAUGUUCACUUUACGUAUCCGGCACGACCCUCCAACACAGUCUUGCAAGGCGUUAACUGCGUGAUUCCCCCGAAGAAACACACAGCGUUUGUUGGCCCCUCAGGCGGUGGUAAAUCAACUAUAGUGGCUCUUCUGGAGAGAUUCUAUGAUCCAUCCUCCGGAAAUAUCCUCCUCGGGACCCAAGAGAUCCAAAAGGUCAACGUCGCCAGCCUUCGCGGGCAAAUGGGAUUCGUGCAGCAAGAAUCUCAGCUAUUGGACAGGUCUAUCUUGGAGAACAUCGCAUACGGCCUCGUCGGAUCUACGGCACAUGAGGACUUGGCCGAGGCUGUCCUAGACAUGAGCCUUGCAGGUAUCGUGGAAAAAAUCCAGUCGGGCAGUCCCGAAGCAGAGGUUCUUGCCAACAGUGACGCUAAGAUUGUGGAGAUCGUGAAUCGGGCAAAGGAUGCAGCUGAGAAGGCAAAUGCGCUGGCGUUUAUCGAGGCCCAGCCGUUUGGAAUUGCAACUAGCGUCGGAACUGCUGGAGGCCAGCUCAGUGGCGGCCAAAGGCAACGGAUUGCACUUGCUACUGCGCUCAUUCGUGAGCCAAAAUUGCUCGUCCUUGAUGAAGCGACUGCUGCGCUGGAUUCGGUCAGCGAGCGGCUAAUUCAUGAGGCCUUGCUCAAAGUAUCUGGGACUACCACGAUUGUCUCGAUUGCGCAUCGUAUGGCCACUGUCAGGGACGCCGAUCAAAUUAUUGUCAUUGAGAAGGGUCGAGUGGCUGAAUAUGGCUCGCCCCAGGAGCUACUCGAGCGUGGUGGCAGGUAUGCCGCCAUGAUCGGACAACAGAAGAUCGACCAAGGGGACAUUCCUCACCUUAUGCCAACAUCUAUAAACCCGGUCGAGCUAUCUGAGUCCCAAGACCAGCCUCCCGUGACAAGCGAGAAAGCCAGCGUCCAGGGGAACGAAAAGACCGACAGCACUGUAACGCAGACACCUGUGCAGGACGAGGGCCCUUCUGGAUCGAAAACACUGACAAUGAAGAUCUGUUUCUCCUUCAUCCGUCCCAAUCUCCUGCUUAUAGUUCUCGGUCUGGGGAUGUCCGUCAUAAUCGGUGCUAGCUAUAGUUCCAACGCCGUUUUGUUCGGCAACACUCUCGGCGCGCUCAAUCCUUGCAAAGGAUCUGCCAGCAUCCGUCACAGCGGAGGCUUUUUCGGCCUCAUGUUUUUCAUCGUCGGAGUGGUCGAAUUGUUUGCUAAUAUCAUCGGAGGCUGCGCGUACGGAUUGGCUGCAGACCAGACUCUGUAUCGAAUCCGCGUGGCCUCAUUCCGAUCACUGCUCGGCCAAACUAUCACAUGGCAUGGCACCGACGGUCGAAGCCCUGGAGCCCUGAUUUCGUAUCUGACUGGAGAUGCAGCCGCUAUCAGUGGUCUGACCGGGACGACAAUUGGCCUUCUCCUGGCGACCACGGUCAAUCUUUUCGCAGGUGUUAUCAUCUCGUUCAUCGUGGCCUGGAAGAUCUCGAUCGUCCUCGUCCCUACAAUCCCGGUGCUUCUUGCAGCCGGAGUCAUGAAGCUCAGAGUACAAAGCCAAUUUGCCGAACGGCAUAAGAAGGCAUUCUCGCGUGUCACAGAGCUCACGGUAGAAGCACUAGGAAAUCUACGUUUUGUGGCCGGCUUUUCGCUUGAAAAACAGCUUUACCAGGAAUUCAUAUACUCCAUCCAGGGCCCUUAUAAGAAGACCAUGAGAAACAUCGCCUGGGGCAAUUUCUGGCUAGCCACAGCCUUCAGCGUCAGUAACCUGAUCAGCGCCCUGGCAUACUGGUGGGGUUCCAAACAAAUUGCCUCCGGGUUAUAUUCGCAGACUCAGUUCUUCAUCGUGCUGCCUGCGCUUCUCUUCAGCACCCAGUCCUGUGGCCAAAUGCUUGCUCUCGCGCCUGAUCUCUCCAAAGCAGGCAAGGCAGCAUCGCGAAUCGUCGACCUCGUCAACACCGAUUCCGCUGCGAAAGAAUUCGGCAGCGACAGCCACAAGCAGGCGAUACCAUCCGGAGAGAAGUCAGAGGUAGACAUCGAAGCAUCCUCAGACCCUACAUCGCCCAGAGCAAGCUCCACAGCCGUGGGCGCCGAGCUCCGCGCCGUCCAAUUCUCCUAUCCUACCGCCCCCGACGUCUCCGUUCUCAAAGGCCUCGACAUCACCUUCACUCCCGGCGGCUUCUACGCCCUCGUCGGACCCAGCGGAUCCGGCAAAUCGACCAUUUUCUCCAUGCUUGAACGCUUCUACUACCCGUCCACCGGAUCGAUCUUCAUCGACGGCCUCGACAUCACGCAGAUCCUAUCGACCAGCUUCCGCGACGACAUCGCGCUCGUCCCGCAAGAAAGUGUCCUCUUCGAAGGCAGCGUCCGGUUUAACAUCGCCCUCGGCGCAAGACCAGGCCACUCACCCAGUCAGAGCGAGGUCGAAGAAGCAUGCAAGCUGGCGCAGAUCCACGAUGUGAUCACCGAGUUGGAGGACGGGUAUGAGACGAUCUGCACGCACGGGGGGAAGCAGUUCUCGGGUGGUCAGCGGCAGAGGCUGGCGAUUGCGAGGGCGUUUAUUCGGCAGCCAAGGCUGUUGCUGCUGGAUGAGUCGACCAGUGCGUUGGAUGGGGACUCCGAGAGGAAGAUUCAAGAUGCGUUGGCGGGGUUUAUGGGCCGGACAACAAUUAUUGCGAUUGCACAUCGUCUGAGGACGAUUUAUCGCGCGGACCAGAUCUUCUUGAUUGAUGGGGGGAGGUGUGUGGCGAGGGGGACGCAUGCACAGCUUAUUGAGAGAAGUGAGGUAUAUAGAGAGAGCGUGGUGCACCAGUCGCUGGAUGUGUGA